AUGGCGAAACGGAAGCGACCAGACUCAGAACCCACCUCAGGCAAACCAGGCAACAAGGCUAUUGACCGUAAGCCUCCCAAAGUCGCAAAGACGAAUGGCCACGCCCAAAACAGGACACCGUCCUCAACCACACCAAGCAACAAGAUCAUCAACACCAAGCCUCCCAAAGUCGUAACGACCAAUGGUACCGGCCACACAAAAUUACCAUUCUCAAGCAACCCAGAGAACGAGAUCAACGACGCAGAACCCUCAGAACUCGCCAACAUCAACGGCGGCGCUCACACUAAGACCCUCUCACCAACAAUCCAGAUCAUCACCGGCUCCUACGAACGAGUCCUCCAUGGCAUAACUGCUACGCUCACCAUUUCACCAAUCGCCAAGACUUCGACUCCUCCCUCCACCAACACCGAGACACCCAGUUCCGCACCACCGAAACCAACAGUAGACUUUGCGCAAACCUUUCUCACAACGCCCACGCCCUCCUCGACCCGCUGCCUCGCCCUUUCCCCGCUCCCCGACCCGACCUCCCCGGACCAAACCCUCUACCUCGCCUCCGGCGGCUCCGACGAGAAAGUCAAAC